CGGCUUCGCCUCUUUGCAACCACCACCAGGAGAUGAUUCUUGAUAGCCUACAGGGGUGCCACGGGGUCCUCUUGAGAAGAAGAAAUGCUUUCCCCGAAAGAACAAGAUCGGCGACAGAGCUGGAGCCGCGAGCCUCGCCACUCCUCUAGCCGUUCGAUCCGAACUGGAGCUGUCCGCGUCUUCAACAAAACUCGUCCAUCAUCACUCCAAUCUCCGGUCCAAGAUGAUCUCAUGCAUAUUAUUUGUGCCCCAGAAGACUGUAUGUCAAAUAUCCUUGGACCGGCUUGUUCCGGAUGCGCGUGCGGAAGAUCUCAAUUCAUACAUUACGGAGAACCCGGAAACCGGAGGACUAUCCUCCUUGACUUCAUCUCCAGGUCGCUUUCUUGAUCACGACAAGAAAUGCAUAUAUCUACCCUCUAUGCACCCUCUUUGGGUGAUCUGCCAGGAACUUCAACCAGCAGAUCUUGACUCGUCUUCUUGGGUACAGCUUCUCAAGAUGCCUUCAACCCAUAUCAGCGUCGCGGCGCUGCUGGCCUUGGUGCCCUUCACCCUGGCAGCUCCAGCCACCACGUCUGCAAGUACAACCCCAGAUUCUGCGGCUGCUACGUCCACGUCUGCACCCUCUGCACCGCCUCUGCGUAGUCAUCCGACAUCGAUCAGCCAUGGACCCUACCUCGGCACUGCUACGACUACAGGGGCUUUGACAGCUGCCAGCGGUAUACUCGGAACAGCUAUUCCAUCGCUGCCACCUAACCCCAACGCAACGACGUACCCAAGUGACGGAAAGCUCCAUGACGCUGAGCCUGCUCCGUACGUACCGGCUGGAGGAGUUGGCACCAACGGCACUUGCACUCUACCAGGAAUGGAUUGAAUUGGAUCUGUUCCACAAUGGCCUGGCAAAG